AUGGCUGUAGCUAUCAACACAACUGGUCCUGAGGAAGACCCUGAGAAGCACAGCCAUGUUGUGCAAACUAAUGCCGUCCCUGUAGAUACCCUCAGGGACUCGGACGAGGAGUCCGACGUCAAACAGGAGGGUGUCAAGAAUGCCGAAGCCAUCACGUCCCUUUGGCCCCGUAACAUGCUAUGGGUGAUUUUCGUUCUGCUCUGGCUCGUCUCUUUUUCCAUGGCCCUGCUCGGUAGCGUUGAUGGAGCACUUUCACCUUACGUUACUUCAUCGUUCUCUCAGCACGGUCUUCUCGGCGUCAUCAGCAUCGUAUCGCGAAUCAUCGGCGGUGUCGUUACUCUCGCCAUUGCCAAGACGAUUGAUAUCCGUGGCCGCCUCGAGGGUUUCAUUGGAGCCGUCGUCCUGGUUGUUGUUGGCGCGAUCAUGAAGGCUGCCUGCAAAAAUGUCACCACAUACGCUGCUGCUGCCGUCUUCACAUGGGUUGGCAACGUUGCUGUCGGCUUCAUCAUCGAUAUCUUUGUCGCUGAUAUCACCACAUUGAGAAACCGGAUGAUCAUCUUCACUCUCAACUCAACGCCAAACAUCAUUACUACAUUUGCUGGCGCCAAGAUUGGGGAGCUCUUCUACCUUUACCACAACUUCAGACUGGCCUUUAUCGCCUGUGCCAUCAUCUUUGUUGGCCUUUCUCUUCCGGUCAUCUCCAUCAUGUGGUACUACGAGCGACAGGCGAAGAAGGCUGGCUUGAUCCGCGAAAAGUCCGGCCGGACUACCUUUGAAAGCCUAAAGUACUAUUGGAUCCAGUUUGAUUUUAUCGGCAUGAUCCUCAUUAUUGCCGGCUUCGCUCUCCUACUUCUGCCAUUCAGUUUGGUAAGAACCAUUGGAGGCGGUUGGACCAGCCCCACGGUCAUCGUCAUGAUUGUCCUUGGCGUCGUGAUCCUCGGUUGCUUUGUCGCGUGGGAGAAGUUCUUCGCCCCCGUGAUGUUCUUCCCCUUCCAUCUGCUCAGGGACCGCACCAUCUUGGGUGCUGCGCUUGCCUACUUCGUCAUGUUCCUGUCCACCUUCAUCUGGAACGGAUAUUACAGCUCUUAUCUUCAGGUUGUUCACGGGCUCAGUAUCAGUAUCUCCAACUAUGUUCUCAACGCAUACUCGCUCACUUCGUACUUCUGCUCGCCAUUCAUCGCUUGGUAUAUCCGAUGGUCUGGUCAAGUGAAGUGGCCUGCAAUGAUCGCCGUCCCCAUCUACCUGAUGUCCACCGCUUUGAUCAUCUACUUCCGCAAGCCCGAUACAUCAGUAGGCUACGUCACCAUGUGCCAGGUCCUCAUCGGUUUCUCUACCGGUAUGCUAUCCACCAUGUCACAGCUGAUCCUGAUGGCUGCGGCUGGCCACGCGAAUGUUGCCGUCGCCAUCGCCAUCUACGGACUCUUCGGCUCCAUUGGCUCUUCGACCGGAUACGCCAUCGCCGCCGGUCUCUGGACCAACCAGCUCCCCAACAAGCUUGAGAAGUACCUGCCCGAGGAGAGCAAGAACCUCACCGCGACUAUCUACGGCGACAUCAAGCAGCAGCUGGCCUACCCAAUUGGCCAUCCGAUCCGUGACGCUGUCAUCCACGCCUACGGUGAUGUCAUGCGAUCCAUGACCAUUGCUGGGGCUUGCCUGUGUCCGCUUCUCAUCGCCUCUAUCUUGAUGUGGAGGAACAUCAAUGUCAAGAACAUUCAGGAGGAGGAGAAGUCCAAGCGUGGCAACAUCUUUUAG